ACCGUACGCCUUUAUUCUGCCAUGUCUGCCCUCGAUACCUUAUUUGCUCUCUCUCUCCCCCAACCUACAGCUUCUCUCAGUCGCAGCUUGCCCUCCACCGCCCCCCAUCCACAUCUCUUGCAUUCCCUCAGUGAUCGCAACAACUCGGUGCUCAGCUUGGCUGCUGAUCGUGAUCACAUCUUCAUCGGAACCCAAUGUCACAAUAUCUCAGUUUGGGACAAGGAAUCCUUUACACUCAAAGCCACGCUCAGGGGACACACAGGUAGCAUAUUGGCACUGGAAUAUGCGCAAGAUAAAAAAUGGCUGUUCAGCUCCUCAGAGUAUGUCUGGUCAACCAUCACUCUGUUACCCAUCUACGUCCUUCACCCAUAUCUAGAAACUGGAGCAGGCGAUCUCUUCUCUCUCGUCUGGUGCUCGUCCCUACAGACCCUUUACAUAGGCUGUCAAAACACGUCGCUCCAAUGGUUUGAUUUCAGUCGAGAGCAAUUCUUCGACUCUUACGGCUCAGGAACCUCAACGCCUUCCCGCAAAGCCCACAAAUUCUUCGACAGCUAUCCCCAGUACCAACAUCGUCCCGCAGACAUCUUCGCGUCAAAUGGCAGCCCUUCGAUGACACCUUCUACUUCGGGUGACGGCGUUCCAACCCUGUCUGUUCCAGCUCCCCGCGCCUCUCUCAACAUCCCCGCCCGAAACGUCGUCGAUUCGGCUCAUUUCGGAUACAUCUACUGCAUGGCACUCUUGCCAUCGAAUAGGGAAGGAUGCGACGACGUCAUAUCACCAGAGAAUGUUGACAUCCAGCUCGUGACAGGAAGCGGAGAUGAAACUGUCAAGCUGUGGAAAUGUGGACCUGCAGGCCCGACUUUGACGCACACUUUUGAUUGCUGUGAUGGUGCUGUUUUAUCACUUGCAGCUCGCGAAGAGACCAUCUAUGCAGGGUGUCAAGAUGGCUAUGUGAAGAUCUGGGAUCUAGAAACAAAAACACUAGUCAGGACGAUUAUCGUUCAAGAGAAUGUGGAUGUCCUGUCGCUAUCUCUCAUGCAAUCUGAUCUCUAUACUUGUUCCGCAAAUGGUCAAAUACAGCGCUGGUCUCUUUCAUUUGAUUGUACAGCGUCGUGGCGAGCUCACGAUGGGAUAGUCCUUUCUUCGAUCGUCACACGUUCGAAAGGGUCAAAAAGCUUUUUCCUGCUAUCAGGAGCUAACGAUGGCAUGAUCAAUGUAUGGAAAUCUGAAACCAUGACAUAUGCGCUAUCGAUGUUUGUUUCCAUCCCUAGUGUAAGCUGUGAAUCGGCCCAUCGUGAAGAUUGUCGACAGGCGGCUAUAUGGCUGAAAAAAUGCUUGCAUCAGCUUGGUGCCGAGUCCACUCUUUUGUCUACGUACGAAGGUGGUAAUCCCUUAGUCUUGGCCAAGUUCCAAGGUACGCAAACGAAACACCGUAAACCACGUAUUCUGUUCUACGGGCACUACGACGUUAUAUCAGCCCCUAGCGAAGGCUGGAACUCGGACCCUUUCACUGUAACUGGUCGCAAUGGAUAUCUAUAUGGCCGAGGUGUCACAGACAACAAAGGUCCGAUCUUGGCUGUGGCUUGUGCAGCAGCUGAGCUACUUGGGAAACGCUCAUUGGGUGUCGAUUUGACCAUGUUGAUUGAGGGCGAGGAAGAAACGGGUAGUAGGGGCUUUGUGGAUGCUGUCAAGAAAUAUAAGAACUUGAUUGGGGACGUUGAUGUGAUCAUCCUAAGUAACUCUACAUGGAUCACAGACUACCCUCCAUGUAUAACCUACGGCUUGCGAGGGGUUGUCCACUGUUCUGUCGAAAUUUCCAGCAAUUCUCCUGACCUUCACUCUGGUGUUGAAGGAGGUGCUGCAGCGGAGCCUAUGAUGGACAUGAUAAACGUAUUGGCCACCUUGACCGAUAGCGAACGAAAGGUGAACAUUCCUCGGUUUUACGACGAUGUGCGGCCAUUAACAGAAGAAGAAGAGAAAUUGUACGACUUAUUAUCGCAAGUCACUCAGCGGCCUGGUUCAUCCCUGUCCUCCCGAUGGCGCGAGCCUUCUUUGACGGUACACAAUAUUGAAGUUUCUGGGCCAAAGAAUUCCACCGUCAUUCCCGGAAAAGUCAAGACUCAGCUAUCCCUUCGCGUUGUCCCCGAUCAAGAUUUACAAUCUAUCGCAAAUUCCCUGGUAGACCACUUGAAAACGUCAUUCCAAAAGCUAAACUCACCCAAUGAAUUCGACGUCAAUGUUAACCACACUGCUGACUGGUGGCUCGGCAAUCUCGACGAUCCAUGGUUCCAAACCCUCGAAGCGGCCGUACGAGACGAGUGGGGUGUUGAUCCUCUACGAAUCCGAGAGGGAGGGUCGAUCCCGUCAAUACCCUACUUGGAGAGAGAAUUUGGGUGCCAGGCUCUCCACUUACCCCUUGGACAGAGCACAGACCAAGCCCAUUUACCGAAUGAACGUAUCUCAUUAUCAAACCUCCGCAGGGGCAAAUCCGUAUUCCAGCGUUUUUUACUCGGAGUGGCGGAUAAUGACACCUUGUUUUUGAACCCUACUAAAUCAUAAAACUACUCUUCAAGUUUGCUGCUUUCUUGCUACUAUGUAUCUCAUCAUACUUUAUACUUGCAUAAAUUGUACACUGUUGGAAUCCA